GGUGUGAAUGCUCUAACCUGUUUACAUGCUUGCCGAAAUGAAAACGCGAGUAACCAGCGACCGCUCGCGAGCGCUACCGGAACGCAUCGCUUGCAGCCAUGGAGAAAAGGAGGAGUGCGGUGCUCCACGCAUCUGUUCUGUGGGAUUCUUUAAGUAUAAUUAAAGCUUAUUUAGGAGAUAAUUAUAGGCCUAAGUAUUAGCACAUGGCUGUUUAAAGGAAAAGAGUGGAGAAUAAAGUGAGGAGAGGAGAGGACAUUUAGCAUCUGCAGCUGAGCACAGGCCUACUUUGUAGUUUGGAGGGUAGAUUUGUUGGUGUAAUAUUUUAUUUAUUCAGAGAACAGCGUUUUUUAGUUUUGUGUAAAGCUUUGUCGAUUGUGAUGGUCAUUUACUUUAUAGACAACUAAGGUGUGCACAAUGUGUAACUGUUUUGUUGUUGCCUGUUAUAAAUAAAUGAUAAAUGUACAAAAUGAGUGUAUUUGUGUACCAGCUGCUAGGUGUAUAGUAUAGAUCAUCAGAUAAUCAGGCCCCUCAUAUGUAAGGUAGACAUUUCCCCUGCACAUUACAGUGCACAAAUGUUCUAUGUGUACUUAGGCCUCAAGAAACCCUCCCAGCAAAACUGUGUGCACUUUGUGUGCACACAAUUUUUCAUUUAUUUAUUUUCAUCAGCAUGUCGCGUGCACCAAAAAAAAAAAGUGAGGGGAGGCUGUUUUUUCCACUUGAGCACCUGCUCUACAAAAGUAAUUAUGCUUCUCCUGUUUUUCUCCUGUUGCUCCUCCCAUUUUUCCAUGUAACUACUGCCUCUGCAUACUUUCACCUAGAGAAACCAUUCAAAUGUCAAAACCUUAUGCUCUUUAAGGUUUAAUUUAUGCUUGUGUAUAACUUUUUUCAGAGUUUUAUGCCUUUAAAGUGCAAAGCAUUUCUUUUUACAGCCUUGUAGUUCAUUUCUAGGUCCACCUUUUACAGACUAACAGUUCACCUCCCAGCUUAGUGCAGUGUAAUGCAUUUGUGCUUUAAAUUUCCUGUAUUUUCAGCGAUGCUUAUUUCAGCUGUCAAAUUUCUUUCUACUGUGGUGGCAGAGAGAGAGAGUAAGUUUACAUGUCACGCCAAUUCAGCAAGUUAAAAUGUUGUGCAACAGAGAUUCUAGUGUUUUGAGCUGUAAAUGAUGUUCUGUUAUCAAGCUCCAUGUAAAGGAAAAGUUGUCUUAAAUGCACAUACGUAAACACCCUGCACUCUCUGUGUAGUGGUAACACUUUUUUACAGAUGUUCAUAUACAGCACACAUUUGCACACAUCCAUAUGUACAGAAGGGAUUCAUGUUGUCAGUGGGGGACAUUUUUGCUUUCUGUCAAACAUUUCUAGAGAACUGAGUCCUCCAAUGUGUGUUCUCACUUGUGGCGAGCUGCUUGAAGGGGAGGUGACACCAGCCACUUCCCUCAGGUUUUGUAUUUUACUUUUUUUCCCACGUUUGAGUUAUAGUCCAAUAGUUUGUUUUGAAUACAAAGUGGUAAAGUGAUAACAAGGUAUUUUUAAGGUGAGACAACGGAUUUGGCUUUAAAAGAUUUCGGGAUAAAACUCAUACUGAGCUGUUACCAAUGGAGCCUCGGCUGACAGAUAACCUGAGGGUUGUGUUUAUCUUGAUCAUCCUCCUCUCUACAGGUUUCAGUGAAAACGACCUCGACUGGAAUUUUUGUGGCACCUGGCGCCAUGGCAAGGGCCCCCUGAGCUUGAAUGUCAACCUCUCCACAGGCUGUAGUGGGAUCUCAAUCUCAGCUAAUCAGAGCUCUCUGUCCAUUGAUGGGCAGAUCACAGCCCAGUGUCGGCGGUCUGAAGUGAUUCUCGUCAAGGAGCUUGGACAUGAAUCAGAGGAGGAAAAUCAAUUCUGUCUGUAUUGGGAGCCGUUGCUGGACCAGCUGAUGCUGCAGCUUGGAGGGAAGAACCUUUAUCUGUGCUGGCCGACCAGCCUGCAGGGCUCCUGCUGCACUGAUCUCACUGAUGGUGAUUACAGCACACCUGGAGCAGCCUAUGGCCUCAUGAAUGUAAUGGUCAAAGCUGAUUACGUCACUGACAAAAUAAGAACAGCCUAUAUGUUCAGUGGAUAUUCCAUCAACUGCAAGGCAUUAUGUGAUCAAGAGAGCCAGGGAUCAUCCCAAGUCAACAUGACUAAGGAGACUGCGGGGAUGUCCUGGGCUAGAGGGACUAUGCACAGUCUCUGCGCUCACAGCUCUGAGGUGGAAAUGAAAGAGGAUUUCAGAGGCUACAGUGUCACAUCACCUGCCUCUAAAGGUGCAUCUACAGAGUCCACUACCACUGUCUAUAUCCCCCAUGCUCUGAAACAAGCUUCAGAAAAGACCAGCAAAGUCGUCUGCACUUUCUUCAAAAACAAAUUCCUGUGCCCGAAGGGUCACAGGAUUCUUGUGGAUGUGGUGGGAAUCACUGCAGAGAACAAGGUCAUCACUGAUCUGUCUGAGCCAAUUAGGAUUGUCUUUCACCACAAUGUCAUACCUAAUAUGUAUUCCAGGAAAUGUGUUUCUUGGGACACUGGGAAAGCUCCGUUGCAGGUCACUUGGUUGGUGGAUGGAUGCAAGACCCAACAGAAAGGAGCAAAUCAAACCGAGUGCCUCUGUAACCAUCUGGGUUACUUCACUGUACUUGGGCAAAUGAAUCCUCACCCAGUGCGCCCCCUCCUGGCCCAGACCAUCAUUACAUCUUUGGGCUGUGCCAUGUCUGUGAUCAGUUGUGUCACAUUCAUCAUUUUUCUCUGCAGAAAGAGGCGAUCUAGGGAGCAAUCCAUAUCUAUCCAACUGGGCUUAGCUGUGUCUCUCGCCUUCCUCAAUCUGCUCUUCUUCUUUACUGGGGAUGUGGCCAACAUGGAGAAGAGUGCAUGCACCUGGGUGGGGGCAGGUCUCCACUACACCCUACUCAGCUCCUUCACCUGGAUGGGAAUAGAAGUUUUCCACACAUUCCACUUGAUCUACGUGGGUUUCAGCCCCUUCCAUAAGCCCUACAUAGAGAACCUGGUCGGAUUUGGUCUCCCUGUUGCUCCUAUAAUCAUCCUGGCUAGAGUCGGUGACAUUUAUGGAGUCAAAGAGGUUGGGCCACACGAAGAUGCCUCCAAUCUGUAUCUGAUGUGCUGGAUGAAACAGACCCACAAGGCCUUGCUGGCCCACUGUUUCACCAAUUUGACAAUCCUGGCCAUCCUGGUGUUCUCGGGAAUCGUGAUGCUCUUCCUGGUCAACAGAGAGAUCCGCACCAGGGAUGAAUGGAGGCAGAACCGUUCGGCCUUUCUCAGCAUGUGGGGCCUCAUAUGCCUUUUUGGGACAACCUGGGGUCUGACCUUCCUGGACUUUGGCCCUGUUUUCUUCCAUUCCUGCAUCUUCAACUCUUUUCAAGGUUUCACCCUGAUGCUGCGGCUCUAUAUGCUGGACUGGAUGCAGGAAGAGACUGAUGGCUCUGCUCUCGACAGCACCAGUACUGGGUCUACCAGGCAACACAUGCUACAUGCCCAGGAGAUGAGUUAGAUAGACUUAAAAAAAGGUGUGACACAUAACACAGAGGAAAAAUCAAAGCUGCAGCAGUCAAGCUUUUUCUUUUUCUUUUUUUUGCAUUUCUGCUUUUUUUUAAUGGAGAGAGACAGGAAAGGCAAGGGAGAUACAGGAGAUGAUGUGCAACAAAGGGCCUGGGCCGGAGUGGAACCUGUGCCGCUAGGUUAAGUACUCAGCCUUAAUAGUACGCACUCUACCCGGUGACCUAUCAGGGCACCCGC